AUGUCAGGCGACACGACCAUGACAACUUCAGCUUCAGCCUCAGCGCAUGUCGACCCUGCAAUUUUCAGCUCACUGCAAUCCAAGAUCGAUGAAGAGACGGCAGUACGAGAUGAGCUGCGGGCGCACGUCGACAAUAUCCAGAAGCAAGGGCGCUUGACGCAGUCAAUCCUGUCACGCAUACACAAUACUUCCACCGACGAACUAAAUGACUCCGUGCUCAAGCCCGCGUCUGACGCGUUGUCCGAACAAGCCGCAACCGUCAAGAGUCUUAGCGAAUCCGCCUCCAAAUAUCCCUUCUACAAAUGGAACUCGAUCUGGCAACGUGACAUUCAGGCAGUGAUCAGCAGUAUUCAAGUGUCGGAAUGGCUGAAGAGUGGCAAUUUAGCGACCCUGGAAGAGAUAGGGCAGCGACUACAAGUCCCCGUGAACCUGAAGAAUGAAGACGCCUUCCACAUCACGAUAGAAGAUUACCUCCUGGCUCUCACCAACACAAUCGAAGAGCUCGCUCGUCUUGCCCCCAACGCAGUCACACUCGGGGAUUACAAUCGACCACUCCAGAUCAGCAAGUUCAUCAAAGACGUCCACGCGGGGUUUCAGCUAUUGAACCUGAAGAACGACGCUCUGCGAAGACGGUCCGACGGUGUCAAAUACUCGGUGAAAAAGGUGGAGGACGUCGUCUAUGAUCUGAGCUUGAGAGGGUUGAUUCCCAAGUAA